AAUGCACGGUAGAGAGGCGCGGCUUUCGGCAGGAACUUGACUCUUGGAGGCACAAACUCAUUCACUGUGUAGGCUUUGAAAGCAUCGUGGAAGGCUUGUUUGGGUCGGGACUAGUCAACAACAACAAAAACAACAACAACAACAACACCCUGUUCCAAGACCGCCAGCCUGAGGAAGCGUCUGACUGGUCCUUCGAUGAAAACUGUCUCUUCUGCUGCCUGAGACGAGAGAAAGUCAAGGAGCAGAGCGGUGGAGGCAGCCCGGUGCCGUCGGAGAGAGCUCGGAUCAGCCGGCUGGAGAGACGGGCCCAAGACUUCCUCAAUGCUGUGUUCCACAGGAAAGACCUCCCAAGUUUCUCAGAACCUCACAUCCCUCUAGUGGCUCGUGAGAUCAUGCAGCGAAUGAUCCGCCAGUACGCUGCCGAAUAUACCUCAAAAACCACUCAGGACGCCCCGCCCUCCCAUGCCCCGCCCCCUCACGCCCCGCCCCCCCACGGCGCCAUGAAGGACCGCGGCCAGCCCAGAGCGCCGCUGGUGGCCAUGGGGUCCCCGCCUGGGCCCAGCUCCCCUCAGUCGCCUGCCUCCUCUACCUCCUCCUCUUCUUCCUCCUCCUCAUCGUCAUCCCCACGCCCGGGGCCUGGCCUCAGCCCCACCUCCCCAUCAGGAGGAGGAGGAGGAGGAGGAGCCGCUGCCUCCACACAGAACCCCGUCCUCAGCAAGCUUCUCUUGGCGGACCAGGACGGCCCGCUGGACCUGUCCGUCAAAAAGAGCGAGCCCGAGCCGGACCCCACGCAGGAGGACGGCGUCCUGGACCUCUCGACCAAGAAGAACCUCAGCACAGGAAACCUCAAAGCCUUCUCCGGCUCCUCCCCCGAGCCCGGGGUCAAAGGACAUCCGAUCAAGAAGGAACCGGCCCAGCCGGAGGUGGAGGAGGACGGCCUGAGGGAGAACGACGUCACCUCCGGCUCCUUCAAGCCGCCGUUGGCCCGCUCGCUGCGCAUCAAGGAGGAGCUGCUCAGCCAGAAGCAGCGCCUCCUCAGCCAGCCGGUCGCGCUCUCGUUGGCCAGUCUGGAGUCGGCCGGCCUGCUCAGCCACAUGCAGUCCUACGCCUUGCUCGGCCAGAAGGGCUCUUCCUCUUUCUGGGGAAGCAAGGCCCACCUCGAGAGCCUGAUGAAGCUCAAGCAGGCCAGCGGCGCUCUGAGCGGCGCCCUCAGCGACCUCAAAGACCUGCCCACGUUCCUGGAGAAUCACCAGAACCACCACGGAGCCUUCUCCUUCAAAGGUUCCCUCCACCAUCACCACCACAAUCAGGUCUCCAAGGCCCAACACCACCACCACGAGGGCAAGAGGGACCAGGGCCACUCGCCUCCCGUCGACCUCAAGAUACCCCAAGUGCGGGGGAUGGAUCUCUCCUGGGACUCCCACGCCUCCGAGCUGUACGGCUACGGCGCCGUGGGGGGCGGCGGCCACGGGGAGAACAUGCUCAGCCGGAAGCUGAGAGCCAUCCUGCCGAAGCAGAACCGGCGGGGGGGAAGCCUCGGGAGCCUGCUGGACGGGGCCGCCGACUACUGGAGCUCCGACCUGGAGCGCUCCGGCUCCGGGCCGGCGUACUCCACCUCCGACGCGGAGGGGGACCCGAACUCCAAGCAGCCGAGGAAGAAGAGGGGCCGCUACCGGCAGUACAACACCGACAUCCUGGAGGAGGCCAUCACGGUGGUGAUGAGCGGGAAGAUGAGCGUGUCCAAGGCCCAGAACAUGUACGGGAUCCCGCACAGCACCCUGGAGUACAAGGUCAAGGAGCGCCUGGGAACCCUGAAGAACCCCCCAAAGAAGAAGCUCAAGCUGAUGAUGAAGAUGGAGGCCGAAGGUCUGGAUUUCCCUCUCGCGGAGUCGGAGAACACGCCCACCGAGACCCCGCGAGACGACGACGGCGACGGCGGCCCGGCGGCCGGCGAGCUCCGGGACGACGUGAAAGAAGAGCUGGAUGACGAGUUCAAAGCGAUCGACUAGACGACCUCACGCGGAAACCUCAGACUCACAAGGACUUGAAGUGAUUUUGAAUAAUAACGGAUGGGCUUUAUUUGUGCCAAUUUACUUUGCAGUA